UAGGGGAAGGGAAGGAAAGGAAAGCUAGAGAUAAAAUGAGCCAACGGAAACCUCAAACGUAAAAAAGAGAGAAAGAGAGAAGAGAGCAACUUAAAAAAAAAAUUCUUUGUAAUUUUUAUGCCUCUGAACCUGACUUCCGGGAUUGCUGUGAGACCUUUGGUGGCGCCGGGCAUGAGGUCUUAGGCUGCUGUUUGGAGACCAUGGUGCUGCCUUCGCGAUUACAUUGGAUCAGAAACAGGCCAUGGAGGGACAGGAUCCGGAGGCGGCGGCUCCACAGACUACCAACCAGGCUCCCAGAAAUCAUGCUGGUGGGGCAACAGUCCUUCUCACCCGGAGGACCCAAUGGCAUCAUCCGGAGCCAGUCCUUUGCUGGUUUUAGCGGCCUGCAGGAAAGGCGAUCCAGGUGUAACUCCUUCAUUGAAAAUGCCUCUGCUCUCAAGAAGCCUCAGACCAAGCUGAAGAAAAUGCACAAUCUAGGGCACAAAAAUAACAACACCCCGAAAGAGCCUCAGCCUAAGAGAGUCGAGGAGGUCUACAGGGCCUUGAAAAAUGGACUCGAUGAGUACCUGGAAUUUCACCAGACGGAGCUGGACAAGUUGACUGCUCAGUUAAAAGAUAUGAAAAGAAACUCUCGCCUGGGCGUGCUGUAUGACCUAGACAAGCAAAUUAAAACGAUUGAGAGAUACAUGCGACGCCUGGAGUUCCACAUUAGUAAGGUAGAUGAGCUCUAUGAAGCCUAUUGUAUCCAACGACGUCUCCAAGAUGGUGCCAGCAAAAUGAAGCAAGCCUUUGCUGCGUCCCCUGCCAGCAAGGCUGCCCGGGAGAGUCUGUCCGAGAUCAACCGCAGCUACAAAGAGUACACGGAGAACAUGUGCACCAUUGAAGCGGAGCUGGAGAGCCUGCUGGGAGAAUUCUCCAUCAAGAUGAAAGGUCUGGCUGGCUUUGCCCGACUCUGUCCUGGAGACCAAUAUGAAAUUUUCAUGAAGUAUGGCCGGCAGAGGUGGAAACUGAAGGGCAAAAUAGAAGUGAACGGCAAACAGAGCUGGGAUGGCGAAGAAACACUCUUCCUGCCCCUCAUAGUUGGCCUCAUUUCCAUCAAGGUCACGGAACUCAAAGGGCUAGCAACUCACAUCCUGGUAGGCAGCGUGACCUGCGAGACCAAAGAGCUGUUUGCAGCCCGCCCCCAGGUGGUGGCCGUUGACAUCAAUGACCUUGGGACCAUCAAACUGAACCUGGAAAUCACCUGGUAUCCCUUUGACGUGGAGGACACAACCCCGUCGUCAGGACCUGGGAACAAGACAGCUGCCCUCCAGCGGAGGAUGUCCAUGUACAGCCAGGGCACCCCAGAAACUCCUACCUUCAAAGACCACCCCUUCUUCAGGUGGUUGCGGCUGUCUGUCUUGAGUGCCUUGCGAGACACUUUCUUUGCCACGUUGCACCACAACCACUCUGUCGGUGACCUGCCUUCCCUCAGCCUGAACCCCAAGGCCCUGCUAGAAUUCUAUUCCAAUCUGCCAGAUGACAUCUUUGAAAGUGGAAAGGCAAGAGAGGAGAAAAGGCCAUUGUCCCUCAGCUUCAGUGACCUGCAGGAUGGAGACUGUGCCUUCACCUCCAGCUCAGCCACCUCUCCCUCCAGCUCACACUCAGCUCAUCCGGAGAUUACCAUCACCCCUGCCGAGCUCACCAACGGCAGCCUGUCCUCACAGAAUGAGGGCACAGAGGACAACAGCUCAACAUCUUCCAGGAAUUCCUUGGGUGAGGAGCAUGAGCCUAAGUCCUACCCGAAGAGUGAUGCAGCAGAGCCCAGGAAGCCUGGCAUGGCUGCACGCUCCGGUGCUGAGAGCCUGUUUAUGGAGAACAGUGUGGCCGAGGCUCUCCUACAGGCAUCAGAUGAGGCCUCUGAGCUCAAGCCUGUGGAGCUGGACACUUUUGAGGGAAACAUCACAAAGCAGCUGGUGAAGAGGCUCACCUCAGCAGAGGGUCCCAUCACCUCCGAGAAGCUUUUCUUUGAAGGCUCUGUUGGUAGCGAAUCUGAGGCUGGCCGGUCCUUUCUCGAUGGAAGCCUGGAAGACGCCUUCAAUGGACUCUUCCUUGCAUUAGACCCACACAAGGAGCAAUACAAAGAGUUCCGGGAUCUGAACCAAGAAGUCACACACUUGGAUGAUGUUCUCAAGUGCAAACCGGCAGCAGGCAGCCGCAGCAGGUCCUCCAGCCUAAGUCUGACAGUUGAGAGUGCUUUAGAAAGCUUUGAUUUCCUCAACACCUCUGACUUUGAUGAAGAAGACGGUGAUGAGGUCUGCCGUGUCGGAGGAGGAGCAGACUCCGUGUUCUCAGACACUGAGACUGAGAAAAAUGGUUACAGGUCAGUUCACCCGGAAGCCAGGGGCCACCUUAGCGAAGCUCUGACUGAAGACACAGGCGUAGGGACCAGUGUGGCAGGAAGCCCACUCCCACUCACCACAGGAAACGAGAGCCUGGACAUCACCAUUGUUAAACACCUACAGUACUGCACCCAACUCGUUCAGCAAAUCGUCUUCUCUAGCAAAACCCCCUUUGUGGCAAGAAGUCUCUUGGAGAAGCUGUCGAGGCAGGUCCUCGUGAUGGAGAAGCUGGCAGCAGUGAGCGACGAGAACCUCGGGAACAUCACCUCUGUGGUGGAAGCCCUACCAGAAUUCCACAAAAAGCUGUCCUUGCUUUCCUUCUGGACCAAGUGCUGCAGCCCCAUCGGGGUCUACCACAGCUCUGCAGACCGAGUCAUCAAACAGCUGGAGGCCAGCUUCGCCAGAACCAUCAACAAAGACUACCCAGGACUGGCAGAGCCAGUGUUUAGAACCCUGGUGUCCCAAAUCCUGGACCGAGCCGAGCCUCUGCUUUCCUCCUGCGUCUCCUCAGAAGUCAUCACAGUGUUCCAGUAUUAUAGCUUCUUCACCAGCCACGGUGUGAGCGACCUGGAGACUUACCUGAGCCAGCUGGCCAGGCAAGUUGCCAUGGUUCAGACUCUCCAGUCACUGAGAGACGAGAGACUCCUGCAGACUAUGAGCGACCUCGCACCCAGCAACCUCCCCGCUCACCAGGAAGUCCUCAGAACCCUGGCUCUGCUGCUCACCCGAGAUGACAAUGAGGUCAGCGAGGCCGUGACGCUCUACCUGGCAGCAGCCUCCAAAAACGAGCACUUCAGAGAAAAGGCCUUGCUCUAUUAUUGUGAAGCACUAACGAAGACCAACCUCCAGCUACAGAAGGCAGCAUGCCUGGCCCUAAAGAGCCUGGAGGCCACCGAAAGCAUUAAAAUGCUCGUGACACUGUGUCAAUCAGACACUGAAGAGAUCAGAAACGUGGCCUCGGAAACCCUCUUAUCUCUUGGAGAAGACGGGCGACUGGCAUAUGAACAGUUAGACAAAUUCCCUCGAGACUGUGUUAAAGUCGGAGGCCGCCAUGGAACUGAAGUUGCCACCGCCUUUUAAGUUUCGCACUGGCACUGCCUGACUGCUGCCCUGAAACCUGGCCAUGGUCAGCAACAGGGUGCUGUAAUGUGGCCAGGCAGCACCUGGACUUACAGGGUGCUGCUGCUGUGGCCAGUGCAGAGAUCGCAAAGUCCAAAUGCACCGUACUGUCUACGUUUCCUUGGCCUGCAGAGAAGGGCUGUGUAUAAUUCACUGGACUGCAUCGUGGUUGUGACUGACAGCACUUCAAGGUCCAUCUUACCUUCCUGUGGAAUUUGAAAAUAGCCAUCUUUGCGCCUGUUUGGGAGUUCAUCCGUGACCUUGAACUCUUCAUGUGCUAUCUGGAUAAGUAUUGUAUGCCUUGCUGGUUUCUUUCUUCUGUGUUCUCAGGGUUGAGUGGCCCUUUUGCUGCCUAAUUUUACUUUUAAAGACAAA